UUUACGGAAGUGUUACCACCCACUUCAAAGAUGGAGGACGAUAUCUCAGAUUUGAGCAGACCACAAAUGUACUUGUUUGGUUGUACCCUCAAAUCGGACAAACGGGAGUUCAAAGUUGACGUAGACGACGAUGAUACGGAGCAGCAGCUGUCACUCAAAGCAGUGUGUCUGGGAGCCGAGGCGGAGGAUAAGUUCCACAUGGUGGAAGUGGAGGGCCUCACUUAUGAUGGAAAAUCGACCAAAGUGCCGCUGGUUGUCCUGAAACCGUCCGUCCUGCCCUCUAUGAGUUUAGGUGGAUUUGAGAUCACACCUCCUGUUACGUUCCGUCUGCAGUCUGGCUCUGGACCGGUUCACAUCAGCGGGCAGCAUUUUGUUAGUGUGAAGGAUUCAGAGGAUGAGGAAGAGGAGAACAACACGUCACCGGUGAAGCGGCCUGCAGGCCUGAUGUCUGGGAAAAGGCCCCCAUUGAAAAAACUGAAGAUGGAGUCCGAUGACGAUGAAGACGACAGUGACGAGGAUGAUGACGAUGAUGAUGAAGAUGAGGACAGUGAUGAAAAUGAUGUGAAGCCUCCGAAGAAUGUUGGGAAAGAGGUCAAAAAGGGCCCAGAAUUUUCAGCAAAGAAGCCCAACAAGACUCCAGUGAAGCAAAACGGCCCCGCAGGAAAACCAUCAGGAUCAGCAGUCAAACCACAGAUUAAGACACCUGCCCCAGGAAAAGACAAACCCCAGGCUGGCCCGUCUAAAUCUCCCUCUCUGACUGAGAUUAAGACCAAGUUGUCAACGGCAGCCAAGGAGGGAAAACCACUACCGAAGACGGAGCAGAAGUUUGAGAAUUUCGUGAAGAGUUCUUUUAAAAUCUCAGACAAAAAAGUGGUCAAGGACCUUUGGAGUUUUGUACAAACACUGAAGAUUGAGAAGAAGUAACAAACCUUGUAUGCUUUGAAGCAUUUGUAUGUUUUGCAUCAUGAAAGACAUUUAAAGGCACAGUCAGCGAGAUUUCCUACUUGGCCUUAUUAUGUCAUCACUGCUAAUGACUCGUAGUGAACAGAAGGACUGAGUGCAGAAAAAAAAGGUAAAGCCAUUAAUGAUUCAGGUGUCAUCAUUUUUUAGAUGCGAAGCACCUCCUGGAACUCGCUUAUUUACUUUUAGUAGAUAAGCUGUCCACUUCACUGCAUGCCAAUCUGCACCACCUACAGGGAAGGAAAGUAAUAGCACCACCAAUUAGGACAUGCAGAUGUCUUUGUUGCUUUUCUGCAAGAAAGAAAUAGCUGGUGGAGUUUUAACACUUGCGCCACCUGCAGGCAAUAAAUGUUGCACCUGCGGAUUUUUAUAGCUGCAAUAAAAUAACAGAUAUGUAAACUGGCAACAACAUAAUCCAAGUAUUCAGAGCCAAAGACAAGACAGACAGAACCUAGUCAAGUUAGUCAUUGCUAAUAUUUUUAUAUGGUCCCUCUGUCCUACUCCUUUUUUUUUUUUUUGUUAUUACCACAAGAAGUUGCCAAAGACCGAAAAUUUAAAUCUUACUCACAAGGUUAAAUAUAAAUCCUUGAACAGCAUCUAUAAAAGUGAAAGCAACUGCAGGUGGUGCAACUGUCAAAUUACAGAAGCAGUUCCUUUCCUUGCCUGAAGGUGAGAUCGCCCUACAUCUUAAUUUCUUCAUGUAUAGUCAACGCAAUUUUGUUUUAUUGGCCGAGCCUGGUUCCAGGUGCUUCUCAUCCAUGGCACUGUGUGUCCUCCUUACAUCAACAAUGCAAUAGGAAAUAUUGCAGAAUGUGCCUUUAAAUAUCUCUACUGUAAACUGAGAUAAAUCAGAGUCUCAUUUUGUGUGAAUUUGAGCAGUAUAAACAAGGAUGGCAAAGACGAGUGAAACGGGGACAAUGACAAUAUAUUUUUCCUCCAAAGUGUUUUGUUAUUUUACAUUCUGUCUGGCUUUACGAAGCAUUUUUAGCUUAUGAACAUGCUUAUAGAUUGACUUUGUCCGGCAUAAUUGCUCUAUACAUACUGUACAGGAAUUUGUUAGAAUGAGUCAAGAUAACCGUUUUUUUAAUUGUGUCAUUCAGUUUGGUCAUAGUAUCUCCUGCAGCAGAGCCUGCACCGACUUUAUUUUUCUUAAAAACUUGGUCAACAACACCAAGAGAGAAAGAUUCAACUGUUUAUGAAACAUUUCACUUAAGAAAAAUAAUGCAAUUAAGAAACAGUAAGAUCCAUACCUGUUCACAGAUGUGUGCAGUUGUAACCUUGCUACUGUUACAUAUCUUCUCCCGUCAGUCUGUUGAGUAAAUAUGUAAUGUUUCAUCCUGUCUUUUUUACCAGGAACACCUCAGACAUUUCUGGAUGAGAGCAGUGUCAUUCUUAGAGGCCAUAUCCACAAAAGUGUUUUUUUCCUGAGGCCAGAUUAUUAUUAAAAUCUUUGCAUUGGGAGUGCCGCGUAUUUAUGCUAUGCUAUAAACACCAGCAGUGUGACGAGGCGCUAAGCGUCUAUUCUGCGCUGACUGCUGCCUGGUAUAAGUGCAGAGUCAAAAAAAUUUCAACUUUGGGUAGAACGCUGUGCUCAUUACUUUACCCAGCCAUUCAGUCACAGUGGAGGAGGGACAAAUACCAGGAAAACCAAUUGUCACAUCUUUCAUGUAGCCUACGUUUGCUAACAUUCAUUCAUCCAUUCAUUUUCUGUAACUGCUUAUCCUGUUAUGGGUCGCGAUGACAUUGGGCGAGAGGCAGGGUACACCCUGAACAGGUCGGAGGGCUAACACUUAAUAACAGACAACCAUUCACGCUCACAUUCUCCCAACAACUAACAAGAGAGGAGAAAUAUGUCAAUAUACUCUAUACAUAUAUAUAUAUAUAUAUAUAUAUAUAUACAUAUAUUAACAGUUUCCUCUCAUGAACCCAAGUAGACUGGUGGGUUCGUCCUCUCUCCCUGCUUGCUGAAGCCUUCCCUUCAUCCAGGGCAAGUUCUCUUCCUUGCACCAGCAUUUUAGCUUCUGUGAAUAUUUCGUGUCAUAGCAACCAGACACAACCAAUGUGCCUCAGCUGAUAAAACGCUGUGGCUCUCAAGUGCUCCCAGCUCGGCGUUUCCUGAGGAGCACUUGGUGUUUUCAGCUGGAAAAGAAACACUUUUGUGGACAUGGGGCCAUUAUUUCAAUACUUUCAAUACAAAUGUCUUUAAGUUUAUAUAAAGGUGAGCUAAACUUAUUGCAAACCUGCCAACUGGACUGAAUUCACAUGGCAUUUUUUUUGGAGUGUGAAUUCAUAUCAAGCUUGUUAACAUCAGUCAUAACCUGAGAGGGCUUUCAUUAUAGCGAUUACAACCAAAAAUCAUCUGUAACAAAAGUGAUCAUAACAGCAGUAUGCAAAACAUUCUCAAGAGUAUUAUGAGCCUUGUAAAACCAACACAGCUGCCCCGACUAAAAUGUUUUUCUUUAAAGAAAUAUACAUACAAAAAGUAAAAAAAAAACAAAACAAAAAAAACAUGAUAAAUACAUCGUUAACUUGCUCCAGGGGUGUAUUUACAAUGUGGCAUUAAGACUGUGCAUUUCAAUACACUCUGAUGCACUAAAAAACAGUUACAAGCCUAUGAACAUAGAUUAUCUUAUUUAUUACAACAUAAUCAUAAGGUAUAUAUCAGAAAAUGACAUCAGAGUUGCAUCACGUCACCUUUACAGAAACCCAAUAAAGAACUCAACCCCAUAAUUGUUUGCACUCUUGUAUAUCAGUGCUCAGAUGGCAAUAAGCAUACAAUCACUUGGUGCUUAUGUGUUUACGAUCCUGUGUGUCUUUUAUGAGCCAAAUGUUGGCAGUUGGACACCAUCUUUAACCAAUCCCAUUGCUUGGUUCAACCCUCCUGUUAUCUGUGAAGGAUAUUUCAGAUUCCUUAGCUGCAAACUUCUUCAACUAAUUUAGGUAAUUAAAGUCGCCCUGAUAAUUUACCUUCAUAUUAAAUUUAGACGUCUGUAUUGUCCUCUUUGUAGCGAGGUUUCAGUUGAAGCAGUUUACCAUUCCUAGGAUUUAUUUUUUGGCUUGUGUAUGAGUUCAUGACAGAGUCCUUCAUUCAUGUUUUUUAAUACUUCCCUCCUAUCAAACUCGAUAAACUUCUUUUCUGUAAAUAACUCUUGCUUUUAUUUCCACAUACGGCAGCUGAACAAAUAUAUUUUUAAGUGUAGGCUUAAUCCGCCCUUGCUCAUAGGUGUUAGCCUGGAUUUGUUGUCAUGAUCUUUAUUUGAAAUGUCAUCUUCUAGUGUGUUGUAGAAGUGUUUUAUGUUGAGUGUAGAACCCCUUUUUAUAAUGUUUGAAAUAAUGUCCUGAUUUUGUUGACGCUUCAUUUUGGCCCUGCUGUUUGUCAUCUUUAGGUUGUUCUUGUGAUUCUGUAACUUUGAAACCAGUACCUAAAUAUGCCCUCAUGAAAAAGAGAAUGUGAUCUAUGUUGAUGACCUGAUGCGCAACUGUUCUUAACAGUGCUGCCAGCGUGAGAAAACACUGAGUUUAGAACAGCAGUUUUCCAGGAUUUCUGAAUCAUGAGUAGAAGUAUCUACCAUUCUAUCAGACGAAAGUAGUUCUGAGAUAUAUCUUUGAUUUAUACUGUUUCAAUCCAGUAACCCCCAUCUGUACUUUCUUUACCCAUCAUAUUGCCUUGUGUCUGUGACCUGACAUACCUACUGUAAACCACCAGCAUGUGGUGAGAGGCAUCUGCAGUUUGAAUCAACAAGAAGCAAGGCUUGUGCAUAUUAACUGCAUAUGUCAAUGCAAAUUAAAUUGUUAAACACUGUACUCUUGCUGCAAGUAGGUGAUGUUUGGGCUGACUCAACAUGUGUUGAAAGAAAGUGCAUUUUGUCCAUUUAGUCGAAAUUAAUUGAUGAGUUUAUGCAUGACUGCUGAUGGUGGAUAUUCAUACAUUCAUGGUUUGUUGAGAUGAACAUAUCCAUCCAUUUUUUAAAUUCUAACUGUAACAUUUACCUGAAUAAAGUGAAUCCCAUUUGUU